AUGCCUACCCAAGUUGCCCCUCCUACCGACCUGUAUCUCGGUCAAGCCCGUGCAAGCAGCAGCAUCCAGCACUGCAUGAAGAUCUACGAGAAAUGGGCCUCGACCUACAACGACGAAGUGGCCAACGAGGCCCAGAACUACGUUGCUCCUGUCCUCGCCGCCCAGGCUGCCCUGGAGUCGUCCACCACGGCCGCCGACGGCGUCAUCCUAGACGCCGGCUGCGGCACCGGACUCGUGGGCCAGGCUCUUGCCCUCGGCGGCGCGAAGGUCAUUGACGGAGCGGAUCUGUCCCCGGCCAUGCUCAAGGUGGCCCGACAGACAGGUGUGUAUCGGAAUCUGACCCAGGUUGAUUUGACCCGCCGGAUGGCCACGGAAGACAAUACCUAUGACAUCGUGACCUGUGUGGGCACCUUCACGCUCGGUCACGUUGGCCCUGACCCAGCGUUGAGAGAGUUCAUCCGGAUUACCAAGAGCAACGGGAUUGUCGUUGCCACGAUCCUGGAGGAAAUCUGGCAGUCCGGUGGGUUCAAGGAUGAAGUGGAAAAGUUGGAAGCGGAAGGGAUAGCCACUAUUCUUGGUAUGGAACUGAUUGACUAUGUCAAGGGACAUGGGGAUAAAGCCAUGCUCGUGACUCUUCGGAAGUAG